AUGGGCGAUUGUCACUCUACCCUUCAACAAUCACACCAGCAGAACACUCAAUCCGAGUCCUUGCCGUCGUCAUCUGCCCGUACCGAGUCGUCAUGGGUGCUUCCUCCUAUACCUACCUUUGAGGAGCUCGGCCUUCGCUUUGAUAGAAAUCGCACUACCAGCAUGAAUCCCAUUGUCGAGGACGAGCGUCUCCAUGUAGAGUCUCGGCAGCAUCAGGAGCAGCACAUACAGGAUCAGAGGGAUAUUCAUCGUGGUGUCACAAACGCUCUCCUCCAGAAUACUGAGAGCAGCAGCAACGGCGUUUAUGAAUUAGGAUCAGGAUAUCGUUGGAGUGGCGAGCAUGCAGUUGGUGAAAACGACAGUGUCUUGGCUAUGCCGGACAUGAUACCAGACAGCCACCCGUCCAUCUUUGACGACAUUCUCUCGGACGACAAUGAGGCGUAUAUCAUCUGGAGCAUACCAUCAACAAGAACUAAGCAACAACCACCACUCUCAACGUCAACGGCAGGACCGUCGUCAGGAGGGGUGUCUUCAGUUUCAGCGUUGCCAGAAUCAGUCAAGCACCCCGCAGGAUCGGAUGCAUCUUCGUUAACAGCAGCAGCAACAGCAGCAACACAACACCAACAACAUCCAUCGUCAUCGUUGGACAAAGUAGAGACCUCUGCGGGACAGGAUCGUUCCAUGAAGAAGCGAUGGUCAACCAUUGAACCCCUGAAUGUCCGUAUCAAAGAAGCCAAUCGGUCAACAGAGACCCUCGACUCACUCGGUCAAUCAAAACCAGCCAAGCAGGACGGUAGCAGCACACCCACCGCCGCCACCACCUCAGGAAGCAAUCUUCGACCUCCGAAAACACUGACCACUACUGCUACCCCCGCAACUACUACCACCGCCACAGAACUUCAGCAAAAGAACAGAGUGAUCAUGGCCGCCACUGUCGAGAAGUUGGUAGAGAAGUUGACGAGUGAGAUUGACUACACGUUCCUGACGGACUUUUUUCUCAUCUACCGACUCUUCAUCACACCAAUGGCACUCUUGAAACUCAUCAUCGUCAGGUUCCAUUGGGCUCUAGUUGACGACUCUCCCCAGCGACAGAUCGUACGGAUCAGGACAUUUGUCACCCUACGCCAUUGGCUCCUCAACUACUUUGAAUUCGACUUUAUGCGAUCCAAGGACCUCCGCCAGAUGUUGGGGCUUUACCUUCGCUCCCUGACAAAGCAUCCCAGGGUGACGAGCAGUAUGCGCGAGCAGCGGAUUGUCAAGGAGUUGAGACGGUAUGUGCAGAGUCUGAAGACGAUCCAUUACCGGAAGUUGGCUCAGCAGAAACUGGAGAAGCAGAGUCGUAAACAGCAGCAACAGUUGUUGGUUGAACGAAGACGUCGUCUUCAAGCCAAAAGAUCCUCCGCAGGUCGUCGAGGUUCUUCUUUUGUUGACCGCCCAUGGUCUGGAAUUGUUCUCUCUGCCAUCCCUCAGGGCCAGCCAUCCAGCAACCGCUCCAGCGUGAUCCUUGGCACUACUACGACCACCAACAGGCAAAGCGCCGAGUCGGAGGCAAUGACCGAGAUCCUCACGGUCGAGUUCCGAUCCAGCGACCAGUCGGAUGAUGACUAUAAUGAUAUGGAUGAGGGCGACAACUUUGACGAAGACGACGAGGAUCUCUAUGACGAGGAUGGUGACCUAUACGACGAUCUAGAUGAGGAUGACAGUCAGGGCCUAUACUCAGAAUCGGGAGCCUCGGCAGAGGGUGAUGGGUUUGAGUCCUCAUCCGAGAACAGUCUGUACCAUAGCGAGUACGAUUCGGAGUACUCGGAUUCUGUGGAAGGGGAGGAUUACCAUGCGGUGGAUGGCGAGCAGGAUCAACAGCAAUGGACAGUGGAGACUGCUAGCGUUGGCGCCGAGAAAAUUGUAGAGGUAGAAGGUCUGACUGUAUCGUCAGCACAGCAGGAGGAAACCCUACAGUCAGAUUGCUACCUCCCCUCACCGGCAUUCUCCCCGCGGUCGGGCAAACCCAACAACCAAGGAGGCUCGGGCUCCUUCAGUUCCCGUCUGGGACCGAGCGCUGGCAGCUCGACAGCGUCCAGAACCCGUGCUCGAGGUACACGACCGGGUCUGCCCGAUUUCCAAGCCGGAAUCAAUGCCAACAGCAACAACUCAAAGGUCAAUCCUAGUCCGCUGCACCAGACCUCCUCUGGCGUAGGCGUCGGCGCUGGCGCCGGCAGUAGGAGAAGCAGUCGGGCAAAGACACAUUCGCGACCACUUUCGACGUUCCAGCCACUAUUGUCGCCUCCACUCUCAGCACACCCGCUUUCCCCCCGGGGCUCACUUCGUUCUGUUGAACGUUAUAUGAACCCGCCACCGAGGUCGGUGGCCUCGACCGAGAAGAAGAAACCUUGGUCCCGGUACAUGAGCGCCACUGUCGGUCGACUGUCAAAGAUGAAGCGAGUCUUUUCCUCCAACGACCACAAGAACGACGGUCGAUCUGGAGAAGGUAGAGGGGGAAGUGGUGUUAGAAGCAACACGGGCUUUGGUCGUACAAGGUCAGAUCGAUACUGGCAAGGCAACAUGUCCGACCCUGAAAGCGAGAAGGUGUCGUACUUGUUGGCUUGUCCUGGGAUGAACAUCCUCCUUUCGAAUUCUGAGGACCGCCAUAGAUCUUCUGGUCGUGGAGGGUCCGGGAAUAAGCGAGGAGGGCGGUUGGACAAGGAGGAUGGGCGGAGUGGGUGGUCGAGUGAAGGAGAUUACUCACAGCAUGAGCUUACCCGUCAGAGGAACCAGGAGAUUCUUUCGAACGCUGGCGACCAGGAUGAGGAACUCGCCAAGGGCAGUGGCAGCAGGAACAUGGGCGAACCUUCGCCGUUACAUGACAGCCUCCAACAUCAGCGUCAUUCUAAUCAUCAUUCGGCCGCCACCAUUGAACAAGUCUCGACACCGACCAAGGAUGGCGCAGGUCUGUUUGAUAACGAUGUCCAGGAAGUCGAGUCGUUUGACAUGGAUAGUGAGACCAGCGGCAAGAGCGUCUGUUCUGAAUGUGAGCGCGAGCAGUACUUUUCUAGCCCCGCGGCCCUGCAGAGACCCAUCUCCUUGACUGUCGAUACCGCCGACGAGGACGAAGAGGAGGACGACAAAGCCGAAGAAGGAGACGCCGGAUCUCACACCGAUCCUGAGUCGAAUCCCGAAGAAUGUCAUUGCCAAGGAGAUUGCGAGUGUACCAAGGACCUCGACACCGCAGACCACCCAUUGACCCAUGGUCGAGUCCCGAACCUCCGCAGGACCAACCAACGCAACCGUCACGCUCAGGAUCAGCGAGCGUCCUGGAUGACCCUGUCGUCGACGACAUCGUCGAUGUUUGGACCGUUGUUGAAUGGAAACCAUUUACCGCCUCGGCAAGCUAUCCGGCAGAGGGGCGCUAUUGGAAACGUUGAUCGGUUUGUGGAAAAGUUUCAAAAUGAUCAGGCGAAUGAGGCUGGUGCUGCUGGUGGUGGGUUGCGGGCUACAUUCGAGUCGUCUGAGGUGCCCGCUGGGGGGACUGCUAUUGCACCUCCUGCUCACAUUCAAGGGGGUUACGUUGCAGAGCCUGUCAGCAUCCAUCCAUUUGCUUCUGAUAUGCACCCUAUCGGUCCCUUGACACCCAUCAUCUCACCCAGUCCUCCUUUCGGCAACCAAACUGAAGGUCCUCGUGAGCUCAUCCAGUCCCAACCAUCAACAUCAAAACCUACCAAACCAGCAAUGAAUCCCGGCCGCUCCAACUCCCAACCCAACCUCCUCACAACCUUCUCCGACUCCGCCCUCCAAAACGAAGGCAGUGGCGUUGCACCCUGGAGCCCCAAUCAUCAACAUCACCAUCAUCGCCAAGGACGCAACUCGCACCUGUUAGACAACUGUCGCCAUACCAACAAUACCCAGCGAUCUUCCCAAACCCCCCCUAACCAGAUCCCUCACCGCCUCACCCACCAGCAACGCCAUCAGUAUUCCUUUGACCAUACCAGCACCCGACGAGGAAGCCUCGACCCCUCUUCCAUAACCAGUCGUAGCCAAAUAACGUAUUCUCCUUCCUCGCGCCAUGACCGACCCCGCCUCCCACCACCUCUCCUUCCUGCAACUCCGCAGAAACCCCGCCUCCAGAUCCAAGUCGACAGCCCGUCACGUCUUCUACGACCUCAACCCAUAGAGUCGGUAUCAAUAGUGCUGCAGUACAGUUCUGAACUGAUCGCCCAACAGCUGUGUUUAAUCGAACGCGAGAUGUUGAGUCAGGUGCAGUGGUAUGAGCUAGUUGAUGCUGGGUGGACCAAGAAGAAAACUCCCUCUACAAAGGCGAGUUCCUCUGCUGCUUCUCCGCAGAAGGAGCCGUCCAAGGGGAGUGGGUCGUCGGUGGCGUCUUCUAUUCAUAUCAACGAGGCCAGUUUGGUCGCUGUGGCUGCUGCCGGAAGUAGAAGGAAGGUGAGUGUACUGGAGAAUGAAUUGGAGGGUGGUGGUGGUAACAUGAAUGAUCGCAGUUCUGUGCGUAGGUCUGAAGGCACUGUAACACCUACUCCCCGAGCCCGAGUCAGUGGUGGAGGAGGCGCAAGUGGACCUGUGGAAGGUGAGCAGCGUUCAAAGGUGGUGGAGGAUAGUAUUGGGAUCAAGCGACUUGUCGAUCGCUUCAACCUGACAUGUCAAUGGGUGACAUCUGAGAUUGUUCGCACAGAGGAUCUUCAAGAGCGAGUUAAAGUCGUCGAGAAAUUCAUCCGCAUUGCCCAUACAUGCUACAACCACUCAAACUUUAGUUCGCUAAUCCAACUGAUGCUGGGCCUACAAUCGCAUAACGUCUCCCGUCUGAACCAGACAUGGGCGCGAGUGCGUGCUCAGGAGAUGAGGAUCAUGGAAGAUCUUGUCGAGUACACGUCGCCGUUUCAUAACUGGAAACAUCUCCGGGAUGAUAUGAAGAGUAUUGCAGACGAGUGGGGAGGAUCCGGUUCUGGUGGUGGAGGUGGAGGUGGAGGUGCGGGUGCGAGUGUGGCGGCAGUACCUGCUGCAACUGAAAAGGCUCCACCUACGUCGGGUGGUACGAUGGCAUCCUCGUUCUUUGGAAUGAGACGACCCUCGAAAGAUCCUACAAUGGCGACUGCUGCUGCUCUGGCUUUGCAGUAUAAAGGAACGGCGUCCUCGUCUGGUUUGGGGUCUAAGGUGUCGUCGCCGACUACGCAUGCCAAGGAGAAGGAGUUGAAGAUGAGUCAACAAGAGAAGGAUGCUGCUGCUGCCAAGGCCAAUCAGCCUAAAGGAUGUAUUCCUUUCCUCGGCCUCUAUCUGUCCGAUCUGGUGUUUAAUGCAGAAUUACCAUCCUACGUCGACCCAACCACCCGCAACACCCAAAACAACCAACAGCAACAGCAACAGCAACAGCCACAAGGGUCCCAGGCAUCAUCAAGGCGCCCAUCCACAUCAACAUCCGCAACAGCGGCUUCCACCGCACCAUCCCCGCCAUCAUCCUCCACAACCUCCUACCAACCCACACCCACACCCACAACACCCACCGAACCACCACCACCACCGCCACGCUUACUGGUGAACAUUCAUAAGCACCGAACAACGGCAACGAUCAUCAAACGGAUCUUGACGUUCAAGACGUUGGCGGGGAGGUAUCCUUUUGAACAGGAUCCGGAUGUGAGGCAGGUGUUAAUGGCUAUUCGAGGGUUGGAUCCUAUUGAGAUUUCGAGGUUGAGUAGUGCCCAUGAGGGAUGA